AUUCCUUUUUCUUUUGUCUCCUCUGAUCAUGAUUUUCAAAUAGCCUGUCUUCAAGCUCACUAAUUCUUUCUUCCGCUUGAACAAUUCUGCUAUUAAAAGAGAUGAGGCUGGGUGUGGUGGCUCACACCUGUAAUCCUAGAACUUUGACAGGCUGAAGCAGAUACAUCACUUGAGCCCAGGAGUUCAAGACCAGCCUGGGCAACAUAGCAAAACUAUAUCUCCACAAAAAAACACAAGCCGAGCAUGGUGGUACACACCUGUAGUCUCAGCUACUCAGGGGACUGAGGCAGGAAGACUGCUUGAGCCUGUGAGGCUGAGGCUGUGGUGAGCUGAUAUCCUGCCACUGCACUCCAGCCUGGGUAACAGACUAUGGUCUUGCCUCAAAAAAAACAAACAAAAAAAGAUUCUGAUGCUUUCUUCAGUAUGCUAAUUACAUUUUUCAGCUCCAGAAUUUCUGCUUCUUUUUAAUAAUUUCAACUUAUUUGUUAAGUUUAUCUGAUAGAAUUCUGAAUUCCUUCUUUCUGUUAUCUUGAAUUUCUUUGAGUUUCUUCAACAUGGCUAUUUUGAAUUCUCUGUCUGAAAGGUCUCAUAUCUCUGUUUCUCUAGGACUGGUUUCUGGUGGUUUCUUUAGUUCAUUUGGUGAGGUCAUGCUUUCCUGGAUGGUGCUGAUGCUAGAGGUUCUUCAGUGUCUGGGCAUUGAAGAGUUGGACAUUAUCAGAAUCUCCAGUGUCUGGGCUUGUUUGUACUCGUCCUUCUUGGGAAGGCUUUCCAGAUAUUUCAAAGGACUUCACUACUGUGAUCUAAGCUGUAUCUGCUUUAGGGGGCACCCCAAGCCUAGUAACGCUGUGGUUCUUGCAGACUUGUAGAGGUACCACCUUGGUGUUCGUGGGUAAGAUCCAAGGGAAUUCCCUGGAUUACCAGGCAGAAACUCUUGUUCUCUUCCCUUACAUUCCUUAAACACACAAAGUCUCUCUCUCUGUGCUGAGCUGCCUGGAGCUGGGGGAGGGAUUACCCCAAACCCAAUAACACUGUAGUUCUCUGAAGUGCUUGCAGACUCUUAGAGGUACCACCUUGAUGGUCAAGGACAGCAUCUGGGAGAAAUUCUCUGGAUUACCAGGCAGAGACUCUUGUUCUCUUACCUUACUUUCUCCCAAACAAAUGGAAUUUCUCUCUCCGUUCUGAGCCACAUAAAGCUGGGAGUCGAGUGAGAGAAGUACCCCUGUGGCCACCACCACUAUGACUGGACUGGGUUAGAGAUGAAGCCAACAUAGCAUUGGGUCUCACCCAAGACCUGCUGUAAUCACUCCUUGGCUACUGCUUAUGUUCACUCAAGGCCCUGGGGCUCUACAAUUAGCAGGUGGCAAAGCUAUCCAGGCAUGUGUCCUUCCCUUCAGGGUAGCGAGUUCCCCCAGGCCCUGGGUAGGUCCAGAUGUACAGUCCAGGAGUCAGGGACUAGAGUAAAAAAAUCUCAGAAGUCUACCUGGUGUUCUACUGUACUGCAGCUGAGCUGGCUCUCAAACCAUAAGACACAGUCCUUCCUACUCUUCCCUUUCCUUUCCCAAUGGAGACUAGCCUCACUCUGUAACCACCAUCACCACAGGCCACAGGGGAGUACUGCCAGACUACCACUGAUGUUUCCUUAAGGCCCAGGGGCUCUCAAGUCAGUGUGUGGUGAACGCUGUCUGGCCAGAGACUCCACCGUCAGGGCAGCAGGCUCUACUCUGGACCAGGGCAGGUCAGAAAUGCCGUUUAGGAGUCAAGUCCUGGAAUCAGGAACCCCAAGGGCCCACUUGGUGCUCUACCCCUCUGUGGCCAUGCUGGCACCUGAAGCCAGCAAGUCUCAGAGAUUCACCCAAGGUCCUUAACAUAGUAUCUGGGUAUAUCUGCUGGUCAUUUAGGGCCCAAGGGUUCUUCAGUUAGAAGGUGAUGAAUACUGCCAGGACUACGUCCUUCUCAGGGGACUUAUCCUUUCUGGCAGUUUAUCUGCCCUUGGUCAGGACCUCCUAGUCCAUCAUACACAUCUGAAUAACUUUCAAUCUGAAAGCAGUGAAGAAGGGAUCAAGAGGCCCUUCCAUCCAGAGUCCUUUGUGACUAUAUACAUUUUUUAAUGUCUAACUCAGUCAUAUGGUUUGGCUGUGUCCCCACCCGAAUCUCAUCUUGAAUUAUACUCUGAUAACUCCCACAUGUUGUGGGAGGGACCCAGUGGGAGAUCACUGAAUCAUGGGGGCGGUUUCUCCCACACUGUUCUUGUGGUAGUCUCAUGAGAUCUAAUGGUUUUAUAAGGAGAAACCCUUUUUGGUUGUCUCUUUUUGCCUGCUGCCAUCCACAUAAGACGUGACUUGCUCCUCCUUGCUUUCUACCAUGCUUGUGAGGCCUCUUCAGCCAUGUGGAACUGUAAACCCAAUAAACCUCUUUCUUUUAUAAAUUGCCCAGUCGCAGCUAUGUCUUUAUCAGCAGCAUGUAAACGGACUAAUACACUCAGCAUCUAAGGUCCAUAAAGCAAUCAAUAUGUGUGUCUGACACACCUUUACCUGUUUACAGAACUUUAAUACAGGUCCUGAUUAGCCAAAAUGUCCAAGAACAUGUGCAUUCAAUUUUAGGGGAUUCAUGGAUCCCUUCAGGUAGGAUUGCUGGAUAAAAUACAGGUGUCCAGUUAAAUGUGAAUUUCAGAUGAACAACAAAGUUUUUUGUUGUUGUUGUUGUUUGAGACAGGGUCUCACUCUGUCACCCAGGCUGGAGUGCAGUGGCAUGAUCAUGGCUCACUCAACAUCCUGGGCUCAAGUAAUCCUCCUGCCUCAGACUCCUGAGUAGCUAGGACUACUGGUGCACACCACCACACGUGGCUAUUUUUGUAGAGAUGCGGUCUUGCUAUGUUGCCCAGGCUGGUCACAAAUAAGUUUUUAGUAUAAGUAUGUCCCCUGCCAUAUUUGCAGAGAUACUAAUUAUUCUUUUAUGUGGGGCAGGGAUCCUGAGCUUCAAAAGCGCCAGUGUCUAAGAAGUGAUGAAGGAUUUGCUGAAUGAACUGAUACACUUGAGUGGCUCCGAGGGCAUGAGCAAAACUAUUGCAUGGAACAUACUUACAUUUCAAAACCAUUUGUUGUUUAUCUGACAUUAAGAUGUGACUGGCAUUUGUAUUUUUUUUUUUUUUUUUUGAGAAGGAGUCUCACUCUGUUGCCCGGGCUGGAGUGCAGUGGUGCGAUCUUGGCUCACUGCAAGCUCCGCCUCCCAGGUUCACGCCAUUCUCCUGCCUCAGCCUCCUGAGUAGCUGGACUACAGGCACCCGCCACCACGCCUGGCUAAUUUUUUGUAUUUUUAGUAGAAACGGGGUUUCACCGUGUUAGCCAGGAUGGUCUUGAUCUCCUGACCUCGUGAUCCACCCACCUUGGCCUCCCAAAGUGCUGAGACUACAGGUGUGAGCCACCGCGCCCAGCCUUGUAUUUUUUUACUUGCUAAAUCUGGCAAUCUGAUCUUGAGGUCAUCCACAGCUUUCCUAGGUUCAUAGUACAGAGUAAGAAUUUAUAUAGACUGAAGAAGAUUAAGAGUGUUUCUUUAUUUUUUGUGGAAUUAUUUAACCACUUAACACUGAAGUACCAGGUGAAGGGUAAAUUGAAAGAACUCUUUCCACUUCUUUCAGCUCUAAAUAUCAAUCAGGACAUUAUUAUUAUUGCUGUUUUCUGGACUUACAUCGUUAUAGAGUGACUAUGAGUUUGAUAGUGUCACCAACAAUUAUAGCCAAUAAUUUCCAUGUUAAAUUCCUAGAACAGAAAUAUGUUGCAUCAAAUUCUUGAAAUCGCAGACUUAGGAAAUUAAGUUACAUAAACUGCAGAUGUUCAGGCUGAGGAAGGAAAGAAGCUGAAACAAGUACUCUCAAUUAUUUAACAAUUCCUUGAAGCCGCCACUGUAACUCUGGGAAUUGAAAUACCAUUAAGUCCUAUCACGGCCACCACUUAGACUUUUUUCUCUUACUCUUAUUUGUAAUUCCAUAAUCAAGCUAGUUUUCCUACUUAGUUCUGGGGCAGGAGUUUUCUUUUUUCGGAAAUUUCAUUUGGAUAAAGAAACAUGGUCAAAAAGUUACAACGGUGCAAAUGGUUAUACAAAGAAAAACAAGUCUCUCUUCUAUCGUUACCCCUAGUUCCUGGACCGCGGGUUCUUAACUUGGGUUAGGAACUGCAGUCUAAGGGUUUCUAGCGUAAUGUGAAUUUUCUCAAUGCAUAAUUUUCAAUGUACAGAUAAUUUUGCUCGUUUGUAGGGAGAGGAUCCAAACUUUUACCUGAGCCUCAAAAGGGUCCAUGAUGCAGAGAACCUGCUGAAGUAACCGAUGCGUCCGAGUGACUCGGAAAGGGGGUGGUGCAGAUAUCCUGUAAUAAUUUGUCCCCGUGUGAAAAGUCUACCCCUAUCCACUCCGCUCCACUCCGGAGCCGCUUGGAAGCAACGCUCUCAGUGGGGUGCAACCAGCUCUUCCUAAGUUUUCCUCCUGCCGCAUUCCUCCCCUCCGGCGCGUCGGCGUGCGCUUACGUCAUGACGCCGCACACGCAGCCCCGCCCCUGCAGAGAUCGGCGCUGGGACGGAACCCGGGUUCCUCUCAAACCGGGAUUGCGACGCUUUGGCCUGGCUGGCCGCUGUUCUCUGUCCCACUUUUUAUUCGGGCCUGCGUCCGCUGCCGCCGUCCCUCAGUUUGCCCCCGGAGGAGGCAGGGCGGCCCUGCGUUCUGCCGUGCGCCCGCGUGGCUGCCACCGCCCCUCCGAAUCCUCCGGGGCCGCAGAGGGGUUCGCUACGGAGGGAGGCGGGGGCCUUCGGGAGGAGGAGGCGGAGGAGGCGGAGGAGGAGGGAAGGAAGAUGGCGGCCGUGGAACUAGAGUGGAUCCCAGAGACUCUCUAUAACACCGCCAUCUCCGCUGUCGUGGACAACUACAUCCGCUCCCGCCGAGACAUCCGCUCCUUGCCCGAGAACAUCCAGUUUGAUGUUUACUACAAGCUUUACCAACAGGGACGCUUAUGUCAACUGGGCAGUGAAUUUUGUGAAUUGGAAGUUUUUGCUAAAGUACUGAGAGCUUUGGAUAAAAGACAUUUGCUUCAUCAUUGUUUUCAGGCUUUGAUGGAUCAUGGUGUUAAAGUUGCUUCAGUCUUGGCCUACUCAUUCAGUAGGCGGUGCUCUUAUAUAGCAGAAUCAGAUGCUGCAGUAAAGGAAAAAGCCAUUCAGGUUGGCUUUGUUUUAGGUGGCUUUCUUUCAGAUGCAGGCUGGUACAGUGAUGCUGAGAAAGUUUUUCUGUCCUGCCUUCAGUUGUGUACUCUGCAUGAUGAGAUGCUUCAUUGGUUUCGUGCAGUAGAAUGUUGUGUGAGGUUGCUUCAUGUGCGAAAUGGAAACUGCAAAUAUCAUUUGGGUGAAGAAACAUUUAAAUUAGCUCAGACAUAUAUGGAUAAACUAUCAAAACAUGGCCAGCAAGCAAAUAAAGCUGCACUCUAUGGAGAACUGUGUGCACUCCUAUUUGCAAAAAGUCACUAUGAUGAGGCAUACAAAUGGUGCAUCGAGGCAAUGAAAGAAAUUACAGCAGGCUUGCCAGUGAAAGUUGUGGUGGAUGUCUUAAGACAAGCUUCUAAGGCUUGUGUAGUAAAACGUGAAUUUAAGAAGGCAGAACAGUUAAUUAAACAUGCAGUGUAUUUGGCACGGGAUCAUUUUGGAUCCAAACACCCAAAAUAUUCUGAUACACUGCUAGAUUAUGGGUUCUACUUACUCAAUGUAGAUAAUAUCUGUCAGUCUGUUGCAAUUUAUCAGGCAGCCCUUGACAUUAGACAGUCAGUGUUUGGUGGCAAAAAUAUCCACGUAGCAACAGCUCAUGAAGAUUUGGCCUACUCUUCUUAUGUCCACCAGUAUAGCUCUGGGAAAUUUGACAAUGCACUAUUUCAUGCAGAAAGAGCUAUUGGUAUCAUUACCCACAUCCUACCUGAAGAUCAUCUUCUUUUGGCUUCUUCAAAGAGGGUGAAAGCACUUAUUUUAGAGGAGAUUGCAAUUGACUGUCAUAAUAAGGAAACUGAACAGAGGCUGCUUCAAGAAGCUCAUGAUUUGCACCUGUCUUCACUCCAACUAGCUAAAAAAGCUUUUGGGGAAUUUAAUGUACAGACUGCAAAACACUAUGGAAACCUUGGAAGACUUUAUCAGUCAAUGAGAAAAUUUAAGGAAGCUGAAGAAAUGCACAUCAAAGCAAUUCAGAUUAAAGAACAACUUCUUGGUCAAGAAGAUUAUGAAGUAGCCCUUUCAGUGGGACAUCUGGCUUCUUUAUAUAAUUAUGACAUGAAUCAGUAUGAAAAUGCUGAGAAACUUUAUUUGCGAUCUAUAGCAAUUGGGAAGAAACUUUUUGGUGAAGGCUACAGUGGACUAGAAUAUGAUUAUCGAGGUCUCAUUAAACUUUACAACUCCAUUGGAAAUUAUGAGAAAGUGUUUGAAUAUCACAAUGUUCUGUCUAACUGGAACCGGUUGCGAGAUCGGCAAUAUUCAGUGACAGAUGCUCUUGAAGAUGUCAACACCAGCCCCCAGUCCACUGAAGAAGUGGUGCAGUCCUUCCUGAUUUCUCAGAAUGUUGAGGGACCGAGCUGCUGAGGGAGGACCUCAGUUAACCAAUUACCUUUUCCCGGAUUCCAGGGAAUUCAUACUGUGAAAUCAAAACCAUGUUGUUUUGGGGGGCUGGAAUUUGCAUUGAAACACUGGUCCAGUCCAUUGAAGACCCUAUUUUGGGUGAUCCCUAUCUUGCAGAAUGUCUGUAGGAAUAAGCAUAUAUUCAGUUAUAUUCAGCAUGUACCGCAUGUGUAAGUAGUCUGGCCCACAUUUUCAACCUAGUAGAACAAACAACAGGAAAUCUUUUUUUGUUGUUUUUAAAAAAUUCAUUUUGCAGAAAGCCUGAAAGAAAAAAACAUACCCCUAAAUCUAAGAGUUUAAAAGAGUUGCAUUCUUAUUAUGUAAGGAUGAUUUUAACAACUUUUUAAUAUGUAAUUCUUCGAUGUGGAGGUAUUCAAUACUGUAGUGUAAAGAAAUUUUAUGGGGAAAAUCUUUAUAUGCAGUAUAGAAAAGUUAACACAAGUACUAAUAAAAGAGGGACAUCCCGACUUAUGUUUGGCUACCUUGCCCAGAUAAGUGGAUACAACCACUCUAUAUUACAAGGAAAGGACUGUCAGAGUCAUCUGAACUGGACCAGUGUUGAUCUGUAAUGUAACAGAAAAUCUGAUAGACCAGCACUUCUGACUUUUUUUUUUUUUUUUUGGUACAACAAUGCAAGAUGCUCUGAUAGCAUUUGCUAACAGGACCAGGAGGAUCUAAAAAGGACCAGCCUAAUGUAGAAGGUGGUUAUUUAGACCGGAAGCUUUAGAUUAUUUAGAUCCUACAUAUACUUUUAUUAGUAGAAUGAUUUCAUUUAGAUGUAUAAUGAAAAAGGAUAAUGCAAAAAUUAUGUAAUAGAUACCAAAUUAGGGAAGUUUGGCAAUUUCAAUGGCAUAUUUUUAGUCAAGGUACACAGAUGGCAAUGCCAUAAGCAAGUCUAUAAAUAUCGGCUGCAGCCAUCCCCCUCAUUUUAAAUGUUGCCCUAAUAAUCAAUGCAGUUAACAAGUAUAUUGGCUGUGUGUCAUGAAAUAGUUCAUGUUCAGAUGGAAAUGUUAGGUUACUGUAUGGUUUAUGGAGAUGAAUGAAAAUGAAUGCCCAAAAAUAAGUCUUAGAAAAUCCUCCAUUUUUAUGGUAAAUAGUAAUACAGCUAGGUCAUUUCAUUUGAAAUCUAGGAGUCAAAUGGAAAGAUCCCCUAAUAAUACACCUAUUUCACUAACUUGUCUUUCUGUUUAUUGGGUUUUGAUUUGAUUUUUUGUAAGCCAGUCAGGUUAUUUAAUGAUGAGGUAAUAAUCAAAUUUAAGAAUUUGUGACAUGUAGCAAUUCAAGAAACAAAAAGGAUUUUGCUGUUACCUCAAUUCUUACUGUAGUAGCCCAUCUGAUGCUUCUAUAGUUAAGAAUCUGGGUUCCCCCCCUAUUUUCAGGGGUUCAUGACUUGGCUGUUAAAGAUGUUGCUCCUAGCUGAUGCUUGGAGUAGUCUGUGGGUGAAUGGAUGUGUGUCGAAUUUUAGUUUUCUUUUAACAUGCAUGUUGGGUGAGAGGGGAAAAAAAUCUAAGCUGUCUGCCACAUUGAGUACAGAAAAGUUGUAGAUUUCAAAUUUUAUUAAUAUUUUAAGCACUUUUUUGAACUUCCCAACCUUGUUUGAAGUUGUUAUUUGCAGUCCUAUUAGUUUUGAGCCACUGCAUUUAAGUUCCCUAGGAGGGAGUUGGUUGGGGGAUGUACUGAAAGAGAUGAAGUAUACCCACACCCUAAAAUGGUAACUGUCUGAUUUAGAAACCUGAGUUUACUCCUCAAAUCGAAUUAUUUUCUUUUUAAAUUUUGGAAAGAGUAAAUUGACGUACUUGCAGUUUAUGAAGCUGCUCCCCACCCCUCAGUUAAUUGCAGUCUAAUGUCAAGAGGCACUUCUUUAUUAAUUACCAAAUAGUCUUUGUGACCAAGGACUAACAUUUUUAAGUUACUCAGCUCUAUCCUCAUGGGCCUAUAUAUUUAAUUACCUCCAAAGAUAUUUUCAGGAUAGGCUUUGUAUACUUUUAUUGGUUAUUUAGAAUCCAGUGGUAUGUUUGUGGUAUAGGAAUGUCAUGGUAAAUUGUUUUUCAAUAAAUAUUUUGAAACAUG